UAUUCCCAUUCUGGAAACUGCAAAGCAGAGCAGAGCAGAGGAGGUUUUAAUCAAUCAUUUGGGAUUUUGGGUACUAUAAUCAAUAGAAAUAGAACCAAAUCAAAAUUGGAACCUCUGGCUCUGGAGGAUGAACGAUUCACAGGCCAGAGACCAAUAAGACAGACAGAGGUAACGUAAUUCAACUUUCGGCUUCUUCUUCUUCUUCUAGUUGUGGUUGUUGUUCCACUCACACUCAGAUUGCGCCGCAACUAAUUCCAAUUCCAUAAAAGAAAAGCGUAGAAGAAAGAUGGGUACGGAUUCGGAUUCGGAUGCGAAUGGAUGGAACCGUGCUCGAGGGUUGGCCCUUAAGACUCUGCUACUCUUUGGUGGCGCACUUCUCGUCAAGCGCCUCCGCAAGUCCACCACGCGCUGGGACCACGCUCAUUUCGUCUCCAAGUCCCUCGCCGGCGAAAAGUAUUCCAAGGAGCAAGCUUCCAGAGACCCUGAUAACUAUUUCAACAUUAGAAUGCUUACAUGCCCCGCAGCGGAGCUAGUGGAUGGUUCCAAGGUUUUGUAUUUUGAACAGGCUUUUUGGAGGACUCCACAAAAACCAUUUCGGCAGAGGCUUUUUAUGGUGAAACCUUGUCCUAAAGAGUUGAAAUGUGAUGUUGAGUUAAGUACAUAUGCCAUUAGAGACAUGGAGGAGUACAAAAAUUUCUGUGAUCGACCAAGGGAUCAGCGUCCACAGCCGGAAGAAGUCAUUGGGGAUAUUGCAGAACAUUUGACAACAGUACAUCUUAAGCGUUGUCCACGUGGAAAACGUUGCUUAUAUAAAGGUUCAACCCCACCUGGUGGAUUUCCUAAUUCAUGGCAGAAUGGAGCAACCCACUGUACUUCAGAACUUGCAAUUUUGAAGAACAAUGAUAUACAUACCUGGGAUAGGGGUUAUGAUGAUGAUGGAAAUCAAGUUUGGGGACAAAAAGAAGGCCCUUAUGAGUUCAAGCCUGCACCAACCUCCAGUUUUAGUGAUAUGUUUUCUCCCUUGAAUUUCCCCCCUCCACCAUCCAUGGAGAGAAGAAUAGAGGGUUCAUUUGUUUUGCAAGAACAAGAAUGAAACCAUUCAAUAUAACCACUGUCUGGAGCGUAGGGCCUAAACCUUCCUUUUGGAGCACCACAAACUGCAAAACACCACUUUAAGGCAAUGAUAAUGCAGUAUACCUACUUAGUUCAGUCACCCUUAUUUCUUUUUUCUUUUUCAACCAGUAACAACAAUUUGAUAAUUUAUAUUACUUGUAAAGCAUGAAAGCAAAUUUUGUUUUGGAUUGAAGUUCCUUUUGUUUCUUUAUUAGUAACACCAGAGGUGAAGUAAAAAAGUAAUUAACUACCAGGGCAGAAGAAUUUAUUAGGCAAUUUCUCAAA